AUGAAGUUCUCCGCUGUUCUCUUCGCUGCCGGCGCUCUCGCCUCCGUCAUCCCUGAGGUCUCCGAGCCCGUCGAGUCCGGCUCUGCCGUCGUCACCACUGACGCUCCCGAGGCCACUGAUGCCGUCACCGAAGACUCCAAGUGGACCACCUCCACUGUCUACGAGACCAACGUGAUCACCAUCACUGACUGCGAGGACACCGUCACCGACUGCCCCGGUGACGCCACCAAGGUCAUCACCGAGACCAUUGCCGUCUCCACCACCGUCUGCCCCGUUGAGGAGACCGAGACCCCUGAGGAGCCUGAGGAGCCCGAGACUCCUGAGGAGACCGAGACCCCCGAGGAGCCCGAGGAGACUGAUGACUCUUCCCCGAGGAGCCCGAGCCUACCCUACACCACCGUCAUCCCCACCGUCAUCGUCGAGACCUACGUUGAGGACUGCCCCGCUCCCACUGGCCUUCCCCCACCCCCACCGGUGGCGUUCCCGGAGGCUGCUCUGGCUCCAACUGCACGUAAUUCUGGUCCUAAGCCUUCCAGCCCCGUCACCGCUGGUGCCGCCUCCAUGGCCGGCUCCAUCUUCUUCGCCGCCGCUGCCGGUAUCGCUGCCUACGCUUUCGCGUAA